CGCGAAGGGAGGGAUUCUGUCAGGGGGGAGAUUUUCGCCACAACACCGGAAACCUCACAAGUCGCAGGCAGGUUUGACGGCAACGCCACAGGUGACAACGCCAGGUAGCACAAUAUGGCUGGUACAAACCUUUAUGGGCAUUCAUUUGUUUAUUGUUUUUUUCAAAUGAGUUUUUAAUGAAACCUGUUGAUAGGACAGGCUCAUUUGUACAUAGGCCUUUGUGUGCUGUCUCUCUUGAAAGUUUUCAUACAUAGACUUUUACAACAAGAAGUUGAAUGCCCCGGACCGACCGCUUUCUGCAUUGUUCGCAUAGGAAUCGAAAGUAAAAUGACGCUGUCACGAAAUACAUAAGGUAGGUGGUGAUAAUGAAACGAACCUGACAGAGCAACACAACAAGCCCACACCUGAUCAGACGUGUGUUGCUGGUAACGACUGAAUGAAAAGAACCAUUUCACUGGAACUUCUAAAUAAAAUAAAUGGAUACACGGCCAUACGAGACAACGCAGGGCAAGAGCUCCACCAUGCCACACAGAGAAUGCAAUGAAGAGUCACGUGACAAGAGGCCACGCGAGGGACAUAUCAAACAUGUCACUGCGGAGGAGAAACAACCUUUGAGAAGAAUGAGAAGUCCGCCUAGAAACAGAAUAACUGGUUCGUUUAGGCAGAGGUUUGGAGGAAGAGUCAACAGACCACGAUUCAUAAGGGACGAUCAUUCAUUCCGGAAGCCCCGCUUCAGUUUUGGGUUCCAGAGAUACCACUCCUUUACCCCCCGCCCACGGUUUCACUGGAGAGACCAGUCCGGCCCCCCUGGGCCCCCAGGCCCACCACAAGACCCAUCAGGCCCCAACAGCCAGUACAGUGACCAGAGGAACAUGGACAGGAACUCCCCCGUCAAGUCCUCACCUAAAGGACACACCAUCAGCUGCUAUGUCUCUGCGCAGACUGCAGUACUGUGGAGGUGUGUGGGUGUGGGUGCUCUCAGGUCUUCUGCAGGCGCCAGCAGAGAGGAGAAGCAGCCUGUGUCGUUCACAGUGGCUCAAAAGAAGGAGAGAUCCCACAGCAGAGAGGGAGAAAGAGAGAGGGAAAGAGAGCUCCCCUCCACUGUGAGCAGGGCCGCAGCACGAAACAGAACCAUCCAACAGAAGAGGAAAGAAAUAGAACAGGUGUACCGUCAGGACUGUGACACGUUUGGUGUGGUGGUGAAGAUGCUGAUAGCCAAAGACCCCUCCCUGGAGCGGCCCAUCCAGUCAUCUCUACAGGAGAACCUCAGGGAGAUUGGCCUGCGCUGUGUAGAGGCCAUGCAAGAGUUCAUUGAGGAUUAUGACACCAGGGAACCAUCCACAGUGAUACGCACACACGCACCUUUGUCUUAACCUGUGUAAGUGGCUGGCUUGUCUACAAAACACUGAUUGUGGUGUAUACAUGCUGAUUGGGUAUGUAAACUCGUGAGCUGGUCUGUCCUUGGUCAGUCAAGCCAAAGUCACUCCUGGUGCUCAGCCUUCUGGAAGCUCUGUGACUUCUACUGAAACUCAAUAAUUUAUGUUUGUCAACUUUCAAUAUUGCUCUUGACAAUGUGAUGAUGUAAGAUAUAGCUAUUGCACUUGUGCUUCCUACCAAAGUGUAGUUCAUGAAUUCCAAGCCCGGUAUUAUAUUGAAAUGUUGUCUUUUUUAUUGAAAAUGUAUUUAUGACAUGAUUAAUACAUGACCUAUAAUAUUUUUAUAUACUAUGUUGAUAUACAAGGGUGAUUUCUUCCAAUAUAGAGCAAGUUUCUAUUUACACAACUUUUGGAUAUUCUCGGUGCAUUAAAAUCUGUUCUUGAAAAUUA